AUGCGUGGCUUCGAGUGCAUCAAGGGCACCGUGACGGAAUUAAUUGUACACCACAGUUUGAAAAAUCUGCGUGUAAGUGACCCUCCGCGAACAUUUAUUUGUCUUUUCACUGUUUAUCUUCCCACCGGACGGUCGUGCAGACUUUUCAUGCUGCCAGUCCGGGCGACGAUCUGAUAGUUUUAGUUUUUCUCUGACGAUGGGGACACUGUAGGACUUCUGACUAGCAAUCAGCUGACGCCGCCUACGGCACCCAACAUGUCUUUCUUUCUCUUUGCCUCCUCUCCCCCCCCUUUUCUUUUGUCCGCAUGCCUGCCUGGGCGUAGGUUGAUGUACAGUAGGUGGGCUAACUCAUGAAAUCUCAACAGAAAUUCCGAAAUGCGUUUUCGUUUCGAAAAGAUUAAUUAAGCAGGGUUCUAAAACCAAUCAUAAUGCGGGAUAAUUCUAUAAUAUUUCAGAUUCCUCAGGAUGCCAGCUUUCAAAUGAACGUCCUUCCAGCUGCAUCUAUAAACCAUACUCCGUGAAAAUGACUACUUAAGUAGCAUGCACUUUUUCAUCGAUUUUCAAUGUCCUAAAAGAUUUAAUUAGAUCUCAUGGAAAACAUGCGUAAACUGUUCAUUCUCUUGCUCAUUCGGUAGGAAAUUACGUCUUCUCUGAAUUCUAUACUCGAAGGAACGGUAAAAUUCGGUUUUAAAAAGUUUCCAAUUGUGAUACUUUUAAAUACCGCGAAAUGGCCGUUUAUAAAUCGCCAUAUCUCUGCAUUUACCAAUGUGGCUUGUAAAGUUAACAAUGUGGCUCAAACCCACUACUGAAUUUUAUGAACCGUAUAUGGUCCCCCUUUAUUACUGUAGAGAAAUGUAUGGUUUUCCGUACGCGGAAAAUACAUGGCUUGCAGAUUGGAAACCCUGAAUGCGCGUGUAACGGCAGGUCGGGUUCGGGAAUAGGAAAAGUUUUAUAAAACCAAAUUAUAGUCUUCCUUCGAGCAUAACAUUGAAAUAAGACGAAAUUUUCUACUGAAUGAGCAAAAUAAUGAACAUUUUUAUGCGUGUUUUCCAUGAGAUCUAAUUAAAUCUUUAAGGACAUUGAAAGUUAAUGAAAAAAUGCAUGCUACUUAAGUAGGCAUUUUUCACGGAGUAUGGUUUUUGGAUGCAGCCGGCGUCCUGGGGUAACGGAAUUAUUAUAGAAUCAUGCUGCACGAUGAUUGGUCUUACAACCCUGUUUAAUUAAUCUUUUUGAAAGGAAAACGCAUCUCCAAAUUCUGGCUCUCCCGACAUCUUCGGUUGUCGGUAGGCUCUCGAGCGUUGCCGUCGGGUCUGUCCGUUUGGGGGUACUAGCAGCGAACUCUGCUGAGCGCUUAUUGAUACGGAAUGUCCGGUCGGCAGCCUCACACCACUCUGCUUUCCGUUACGUUGAUCUAAUCUGAAAGGAGGAGUACAGUAAUACGCCGUUUCGUUAUGAGGUUAGACUUAUGAACUGUCGAUAUCGUCUUGUCCUCACAACUGAUGGGGCUUUAACUUCGUGCCUAGUGGUGAUUGGCUGUGGCCGAUUCCCCUUGGUCGUGUUUGUCAUCUGGAUGAUUUUUCGGAAUUACGGUGCACAAAAAGUCCGACGAUACAAAUCAAACAGGUUUAGGUGGUAAUAAUCGCCGCGGGUGACUGUGGCCUAGAUGAACGUUGGAAACGCUAGGCACGCCCAGGAUUGGGUCAUUGGUAAACGGUCAGGCGUUGGUAGGCAGACCGGGGUUUGCGGAAAAGUGUUUGCAUUUGGCAGUUGUUUCAUCGAAGGUGCCGCAACGUCGACGACUUAACUGUCCCACCUAACAUCCAUCUGAUUACAACUGCGUCCCCCCCUUUUUUUGCGGUUGAGAAUACGCGGGAUUGCCACGAGGAUGUGGUUACCUCUGUAGUUGCCUCUGUCAUUCCUUUACCAUGUCGGCCGGCCGGUGUUGAGAUUAGUCCUAGUGGCUGAUUCGGCAUGAGUUCCCGUGUAGUACAUGCUCCCGACACAUACAUCGAUGGUUAAGGACAAGGAAGAGGCGACGAACCAUGCCGAAUUUAUUAACAUCAUAAGAUUUCGUGACCUCUUAUUCAACUGCACACGGUCAGAGAUCUGCCUAGAGGGAUGAGACAUGAUGGGUAAGUAAAACAGUCAUUCUUGGUCUGAUAUACGGUUGCGCAUGGCGAGGGGGAAGGGGGGAGGAAGCUAUCUAAGCAGGCAAGUUUAUAUUACGAUGAAUACCUGUCAGGCGUGAUUAAAAGUCAACACACGCGGCAGCACUCAGUCAUGCGGGGAGGGGGAAAGGGGAAUGAAGGAACGGGUUUGGGAAUGGGGUUAUAGGCAUUAUCGUCCCCUAUCCUGGCAGUGCGAGGUUGAUCACGUGAUCCAGCUGCUUUCAGAGUUAUGGACUCCUCCUCCGUAUUGCAGCGACAUCGGGAAAGCGCAGGAGGUCGCCCGAUGUUAUACUUAAGAAAGGAGUAUAAUUAGGUUUUAAAAAAGUUUCAAAUUAUGACACUUUUUAAGACCGCGAAAUGCUCAUUCACAUAGCAUCGUACCUGGCCGUUUACCACUGCUCCUCAUGAAAUGUACAACAUGGUUCGCAUCCAUUGCAAAAUUUUAUGGACCCUGUAUGAAAUCUCCUUAAUGACAUGGAAAAAUAUGAGAUUUUCUUCACGCGGAACGCAUGCACCUUGUAGAGUGUAAUCACUAUGCGCUAAUGCAACGAAUGAUCAGGCUCAAAAUUUUUCGGCAAUAAGAAAACUUUCUUAAAACCUAAUUAUACUCCUUCCUUAAGUAUAAAAUAUAAAGAAGACGUGAUUCUCUAUUGAUUGACUAAAAGAAAGCAUAUUUUUGUUUAUGGUUUGUAAAAAAUAUAUUUGAAUUUCCAAGACCAUCGAAAAUCAAUGGGAAAAAAAUGCAUGCUACUUAAGUAGUCAUUUUUUACCAAGUACGCUUUCUGCAGGAGAUUGAAGAGAAGUGCAUUGAAAAGCCGACAUCCUGCCGAGUCCAAAAUGUUAUAAGAGUAUGCCUUAGGAUAAUCAGCAUCACAACCGCGACCAAGUAAUCCUUCCUAAUCGAAAACGCAUUUCAGAAUUUUAGCCAACAUUUCAUGAGAUCGGUCACGCACUGUAGGACCUUAAAUGCAGUCAUUGGGCCCACCGUAUAGCCCGUGUCUUCUAGGUGCUUUGUAAUUCAGCUCCUGGGUACUCGAUUUUCACCCUCAACGGCCACUUCGGCAUGUCUUCAGUUGACCUAACUGCCAACUGCCUUUGCGUGCUCCUAGUGUAUUUGCUUCCGCAACUGCAUGUGAAGUCAUAAGUACAGUUUGAUGUGGCGCGCAUCGGCAGAAUGUCUUUGGUUGGUCUUACUGGAAUUGCCGUUGUAGUGCUUAUGAGCAACAAUUUAGAGGUGACGUACGUCCGUUCAAUCGUGCACUGAAGUCGGCACUUAAUCACAUUGAACACAUCAUCACCCAAUUUUUCGGCACGGAAAUUUUCACAGGAUUCCCGUGUCUGGGAUGGGGAUACUUAUCGACGAACUUCUCCGGAUACCCGUUUCUAAGAAAAACGCUCUUUAAGAAACUGAAUUUGUCGUCGAUCGUAUCUGGGGUGUCUCUAUUGAGGUGGCACAAAACCAAGUUUCCUUUUCUCUUACUUGGUACGAAAUUGAGAAAGUGCAUAUACUGUCCUCUCCAGGUGGUUUUUCGAUAGAUGGAUCUCUGAAUGGAACCAUCUGUUCGCCUAUGUACGAGUACACCUAAGAAAAGCAGCGUGUCGUUCUUCUCAAGCACGAUCGUAAAUUUGAUGUUUGCAUGUGCUUUAUUCAUGACCUUAAGCAGUAAUUCUCCUUCUCUUUUGGGGUUUUUUGACUAUGGCAAAAAUGUCAUCCAGAUAUCGCCCAUAGAAUACGGACUGCUCUAAGUUCUGAAAUAAUUCGCGUUUGAGAUUGGACCUUAGCUUGUGUUGUCGCCUUUUCCUUGUUCAAAUUUCUUCUGAGGGCUAUAAGGAGUCGUGCAGACCAAACGCGCACUCACGCCGUAAACCAGCCUGGCUGCCGUUUUGUCCCAGUGCAGAUCGUCUUUGGCGGUAUCGAUCCAGAAAAGCAUGUGUAUUGUUGUAAACUGAAGUGUUCUGGGCUUUUUGUUGUGUAUGUGAGAGGAGGCGAGGCGAGGGGGGGGGAGUAGGCGCGCAAACGUGCCCGUUAAGAGCAUCUUGUACUUUGCCUCAGCGCUGCCUGGAAAGACGCAAGGAGCGCCUGCCUAUUCAUUUGUUUCUCAAUCUUAACUCGCACGAGCGGGAAUGCAGGGCUGUGUAGGCUGCAUCUCCCCCCCCCCCCACCUCCCUCAGGCUGACGUGAUGUACUUCUUUCACCAUAACAGUCGAAACACACGUUGGGCUAACUGGCAUGCCCCGAGUCUUGUACACGGCCGCGUUACUAAGUAGGCAGGCCAGCCAGUACGACAGUUACUCGCAGAAGUACGCAGAGAUCGUAUAAGUAUGAGGGGGGAGGUGAUGGAAGGAGUAAGUUUUGGUAUUACCGACAAAGACAAGGGAGACUGAAAUGAGCACUUCUGGCUUAUUAGCCGUUGUCAGCCAGUCAGACCCAGCCUCGAAGUGUGGCAAACCCGAGGCUCGAACUCGCCACCUGUUAGUUAGAAGUGCACGCCUCUAACCACUGGGCCACAAGCUCGUUGCCCUGCCGGUUUUCGAUCGGGAAUAUGCACUGGUAGCGGGCGCUCACCGAUCGUUCUUACGGAACUUACUCAUUCCGUUGUGCCUUACGGGCUCUCUCUUGAGCCCAACCAGCAGCUCGUGAUAUAGGCAGUAUGUUAUUACCGACAAUAACGAGGGAGACUGAAAUGGCCAUUCCUGGCUUAUUAUUCGUCGUCAGUCAGUCAUACCCAACCCCGAAUUGUGCAGCGCCUGGAGCUCGAACUCGCGACCUGUUAGUUUGAAGUCCAACGCCUCUAACCACUGAGCCAUGGGCUCGUUGUUUUGUCGGUUACGAUCGGGACUAUACAAUGGUAGAGGGGCGCUCACUGAUCGCUUUUACGGUCACACUUGUCGAUUUUGUGAGAGACAGAGAGCUAUGCAGUACAUAUUGGCGUGCGUUUGCAGCGCUUUGUCUGUGUCCUGGUGUGAUCUCUUCGCCCGGGUGAUAAAAUUCUUUAUCCGAGGAGGACUCUCCUUUGUCGACGACGGCAGCUUACUAGCUGAGGCACCAAAUGAGUAUUGAUUUUGUAGCACGUUUAAAAUGUUAAUUGUUUACUGCACAAUUACUCUAGUCUGACGACGACACGGGGAACCGACGUCGAAAAUUUACUCAAUAAAGUUUUCUCUCUUUCCCAAAGAACGUAUUUGAUUUCAAAUUAUAUUUCUUGGGAUGCCUGCGUUCCAAAGAUAAAUACCGAUAUGCGAUAUAUAUAUAUAUAUAUAUAGUAGAUAAAGUAAUUGCUCUAUCUCACCGAAUGUUGACCGAAACUACGAAGUGUACUUUCGAUUCGAAAAGAUUACCAAAUUAGGCUUGAAAUAGCGAUUAAUACGCUGCUUUCUGAACGAGCAGUACGUACUCACAGUGCGCGCAUUUUUUCAAUCAUGCCCAACCAUUUUCAGCCUCGAUCGAUCGAUCUCCCCAGACAACAGGAAAUUAGUGAUAUUAACGGGUAGCAAGAGCAUCCGCACAAAGUGACUUGAGACGCAGUCAAACCUUUUCAAAAACAUGGAAAAUAUUAAGCUAUAGUUUAUUACUCGCGCGCGUCUCCCGCACAGGCAUGUCCUGUUCUGCGCAGAGCGACUGUAUGGGGUCUUCCACUUCCUGUCCGCACCAAAACAGUUAACAAGAUGACAAUCCUGGCAACCUGUCCUGUUCAUUUGUGCAGAAUCUCAUGCUUGGAGACUUAUACGCAGCUGGUGGAGGAGACUGGGUGUACGGCGAAACUCCGGUCCCAACUCUUCCCUGGAACCAGAUCAAGAUGGCGGACUUUUCGAACAAUUUUCUGCAUUCUAUUGAUCAGACAAUCGUGAGUCUCCUCUGCUUGCCGUAA